AUGCUAGGUCUUACUAGAAAAUGUACAGUCUUCAAUGAACAAGAAUUACGGACACGAAUCCUGCGAGAAAUCAAUGGACCGGGUAGUAUGUCUGGUUAUCGGAGCUUGUGGCAUACUCUUCGCCGGGAAGGAUAUAUGGUACCUCGAAAAAAAGUUGAAGAUUUGUUGAAAGAAUUGGAUCCUAACGGUUGUGAAACAAGACGUGCUCAUUGUUUGAAAAGAAGAGCUUACCUUAACCCAGGGCCAAACUAUUGUUGGCAUUUAGAUGGAUAUGAUAAACUAAAACCCUAUGGAUUCCCCAUUCAUGGGUGCAUAGAUGGUUUUAGCCGUAAGAUGAUGUGGUUGCAGUUGUCACGAUCAAACAACAACCCACAAGUGAUAUUGAAAUUCUACAUGAAUGCAGUAACUGCGUAUGAUGGUUGUCCCAGAAAAUUGAGAACUGACUAUGGAACCGAAAAUGGACUGGCUGCAGCCGCACAGUGCUUUUUUACUGACAAUGAGCAAGCACACAUUUACGGAACAUCUCAACACAAUCAAAGAAUUGAGGGGUGGUGGUCAUAUUUCAGGAGAAGUAGAGCAAACUGGUGGAUCAACUUUUUUAAAGAUUUAGUUGAACGUGAAGUGGUAACCAUUGGAAAUGACCUUGAAAUGGAGUGUCUGUGGUUUUGCUUUUCCAGUCUAAUUCAGCAGGACUUGGAUCAGGUAAAGGACCAUUGGAAUACACAUUAUAUUCGAAGAACAAGGCAUGAUACAGUUCCAGGAAGACCUGAUGAAUUAUACCACCUUCCAGAAUAG